CUUCCCCCUCAACUUCGCCUUGCCCCUCCUCCUGUCACUCUCCCCUUAUUUCCUCCCUCUCAUCCUCCGAUUCUUUUACCCCCUCACCCUGUCCUUCUGUCCUUUCCCCUCCUGUCUCCCCUCACCCCUCCUCUCACCACCUCCCCUCCCGUCCCAUCCUCCUCCCCGUCUCCCCUCACCCACUCCGUUAUCCUCCCCCUCAUACCCCCUUCCCCUCCCCCUUGUAUCCCCUUCCCCACCCAUCCACCAUAACUCCCCACCCUUCAACCCGUCAUACCCCACCCUCUCCCUUUCUUCUGUUUCUCCCCCUCCAGUUCUCUCAUUGCUUCUCUUCAGGCUAUCACCACUCUCACCUCUGCCCUCGCCCCAUCCUCAAACCCCUGUCCAAUUUUCCCAUCUUUCCACUGCAGACCCUUCCCCUACUCCUCUCUCACUCAGGACCCAGUCUCCAGCCUCAUCUCAUUCCUCUAAAUCUCCAGCCCCAUCCAACUGUCCAUUCUGACCCCACACAACCUUCCCCAUCUUCCUCCCCCACAUUUCCCAUUUUCAACCCAGCACUGACUGUAACCCUGCCCUGCAGUGCAAUCCACUCCCCUCCCUCGGACCCCUGGCACCUAUCGCUCCCACAGCCUGCCCCAGCACCCACACAUCUCUAUCCCCCAAACCUCACCUGAAUGCGUUCUGAGCAGUUAGGUGUUGAUCGAUUUGGAGGGGAAGGAAUUAACUGCAACACAGGGAGGGGUGGGCUUGGAUUUUCCUAUUGCUCCAGUCCGGAGCGAAUGAGGAGGAGUAAGAUCCCGUGAGCAGCAUCGCAGCCCUCAGUCCCCGCAAACGCGAGCAGUGAGCAGAGUGAUCCAGGGACCUCGUCAGCCGCUAUGGCAAACCAGACUGACGUGGUCAACGUGAAUGGCUGCAUGGCUCCUUCGCUGACCCUUGACCUGCGGUCCUCCCACAAUGAGCUGCUCAACGCGGACCUGAGGCGCUGUGGCCAGCCCAAGGGCCGCAAGGUUUACGCGUCAACGGACCUGCAGGCCGCCAUGGGGCUGGCUGCGGACGCCAACUCCAAGUGGGUGAAGGAUGGGCGGAACCAGAUGCGCAAGGCAGCAGAGCAUGAGAGACAGGACCAGAACCGCAACAUCACCAACAAGGGAGGAGAAGAGGGGGACGAGAUGAGCAAGGAACAGGCACCAUCUCCGGCCAAGUUUGCUGAGCCUGUCCCCAGCAGGAGCAACGGUUUCCUCAGUUACUACAUGGGGCUGGAGUUGUCCCUGGAGGGCACAUCCCAGAACCUGGACACUCAGCAGUCCUCGCACCUCAACCAGCAUCGAGGGGAUGGUGAGAGCUGCCCAGUGCAGGCGGGAGGACAGCUCACUGCGAAUGGGGAGCAAACAGCAGCCGAUGCUGGCCACAGUAGGUUGGACCUUCCCCUGGAGGGCCCCUCCGAUGACAGGAAGGGGUCCUGCCUCUUCUUCGGGAUGAGGAAUACCGCCGCCAGUGAUGAAGACUCCAGCUGGACCAGCCUGUCCCAGGGCAGUGUGUCCUGGAGUUCACCUGACGACAUUGAUCCCAUUUGGAAUCGGAACUCAUUUGAGACAGAUGCGGAUUUGCCAGCAGGCUGGAUGAGGGUGCGCGACACGUCAGGCACCUACUACUGGCACAUUCCCACAGGGACCACACAGUGGGAGCCACCAGCUCUCAUCGGCGAACAAGAUGGCUCCCGAAAACCGUCUGCCAUGUCACAGUGCACCACCCCCUCGGAGGAGCCGCAGCUGACGUGGACUGGUUUCUCUGCAGGCGAUAAGUGUGAUGAUGCCAACGUUUGGAAGGAGGUGCCAACCCCAGCCGAGACCACAGAUACCAGCCUGAAGGACUUUGAGGGGGCAACAUUACGAUACGCAUCAUUAAAUCUUCGAGGCCCAGAAGAUGAGGAAAAUGCCAAAAGGGUCAUCAAUAUUGAGGAUGAGUCAAAGUGCUUUGCGGUCCAGUCGCUGGGCUGGGUGGAGAUGCUGGAGGAGGACCUGGCUCCGGGGAAGAGCAGCGUCGCUGUCAACAACUGCAUCCGCCAACUCUCCUACCACAGGAGCAACUUGCACGACGGAGCGGGCACCUGGGGUGAGGGGAAGGAGAUGCUGCUGCUGUUGGAGAACGAUACUUUGAACCUGGUCGACCCUGGCAGCCACAAUUUGCUGCACACGCAGCCCAUCGUCAACAUACGUGUGUGGGGUGUCGGCCGUGACAAUGGGCGGGACUUCGCCUAUGUGGCGAGGGACCGUUUGACCCGAGUGCUUAAGUGUCACGUGUUUCGCUGUGAUAGCCCGGCCAAGGCCAUUGCCACUCGGCUCCAUGAGGUCUGCUCCAAGAUUAUGGCGGAUAGGAAGGAUACCAAGUCCUCGAUGAAUGGAUUGCUCUUUGACCAUUCCAAACUUGUCGACGUCCCCUUCCAAGUGGAGUUCCCGGUGCCCAAGAAUGAAUUGGUCCAGAGGUUCCAGGUGCUGUAUUUGGGGAAUAUCCCGGUGACCAAACCUGUCGACAGGAGGAGCGUCUGGAGGGUAGGGCUGGGAGCCAGGCCAGACUCAGUGCUGCACAGAUCAGGUAUGGAUGUAAUUAACAGUGCUCUGGAGAGUACAACAGUGAAUACUAGCAGAGAGAGCUGGACUCCUGUUGUUGUCAACGUGGCAUCUGCAACAGUCACUAUCGUCAGUGAGGAGGCCGGUGAGGUUCUGUCCGAGUGUCGAGUGCGUUUCCUCUCAUUCAUGGGGGUAGGACGAGACGUCCACUCCUUUGCCUUCAUUAUGGCGUCUGGCCCCGACCAGUUCGAUUGCCACAUGUUCUGGUGCGAGCCCAACGCUGCGGGGCUGUCCGAGGCUGUACAGGCUGCCUGCAUGCUACGUUACCAGAAGUGUCUAGACGCUCGUCCCCCUGGGCCAGGCUCUCCCCCCACCGUGCCGUGUGCAGACUCUGUCGCCAGGAGGGUCGGCUCCAGUGUCAGGAAGGGAGUGCAGUCCCUGCUGGGCUCACUCCGACCCAAACGCUCCGGCUCUCAGACCCCCUGAGAACACGUCCACCUCGGAUCGAGCGAGUCACAGUCUCCCAGCCAACCCCUCUGUUCAGCACUGUCAUUGUCCCAACCCCUCAGCCCUACUGACCCCCAGCCACACAGACUGGAACGUGCCUUUCCCUGGUUAGUGUGACAACAACCUGCAACCUGUAACCUCAGCUUUCCCUUCCCUCCCUACCCCACCC